GCCUGGCCGCAUCGCAGCAACUGGCCCGCGCCGGCCACGAUGUCACGCUGUUUCGAGAAGAACGACCGCGUGGCGGCCUGCUGCGCUACGUAUUUCCCGACUUCAAGAUGGAGAAGUCGCACAUCGAACCCGCCGCGUCGAGCAGCUCGUGGCCGAAGGCGUCAAGAUCCGUACCGGCGUGCUGGUGGCGGGCAGGACGGCCUGGGCGAAGACUCCAGUUCACCAACUGGCCAAGGAAACCGUCCAGCCCCGAGCAGCUCAUGGCCGAGUUCGACGCCGUGCUGCUGACCGGCGGUGCCGAGCAGUCGCGCGACCUGCCGUGCCGGGCCGUGAACUCAAGGGCAUCCAUUUCGCCAUGGAGUUCCUGCCGCAGCAAAACAAGGUCAACGCGGCGACAGCUCCAGGGCCAGCUGCGGGCCGAUGGCAAGCACGUCAUCGUCAUCGGUGGCGGCGACACCGGCUCAGACUGCGUGGGCACCAGCAACCGCCACGGCGCCGUCAGCGUGACCCAGUUCGAGCUGAUGCCCAUGCCGCCCGAGCAGGAGAACAAGCCCCUGGUCUGGCCCUACUGGCCGAUCAAGCUGCGCACCAGCUCCAGCCACGAGGAAGGCUGCGAGCGCGAGUUCGCCAUCGCCACCAAGGAGUUCAUCGGCGAGAAGGGCCAGGUCACGGCCGUCAAGACCGUGCGCAUCGAGAUGAAGGACGGCAAGAUGGUCGAGGUGCCCGGCAGCGAGCAGUGUCCUCAAGGCCGACCUGGUGCUUGCUGGCCAUGGGCUUCGUCACCCCCGUGCAGGCCGUGCUCGACGCCUUUGGCGUGGACCAGGACGCACGCGGCAAUGCCAAGCACCACCGACUUCACGGGCGGCUACGCCACCAGCGUGCCCAAGCUGUUCGCCGCCGGCGACGUGCGCCGCGGCCAGUCCUGGUGGUCUGGGCCAUCCGCGAAGGCCGCCAGGCCGCUCGCUCCAUCGACGAGUUCCUCUGGGCACGACCGACCUGCUCGUGAGAUGCCAACCCCGGAAGGGGCUUGGCCAUAG